CUUAGUUCGCGUGAAGUCUGCAUUGCGUUCAGUUUAUCUCCACCGCUUCACAGUUGACGUCGUGAAACCACAAGAAAUGGGCUCCAUAUCGCUCUCGCUGCUAAUUCUGCUCGUAGUGACGACGACGACGUUAGUUAUCGAAGGAGCGCCACCAUCGCCACCGCCUCGCAAAAACCUAACCGUACAAGAUGAACUGAACCGUUUCUACACAUUGCUGAGCACGCUGAGCCACCACUCGAAUCGGUCCAUCAAGGAAACGAUCUGCAUGGUUCCCAUGAUACUGGAACCGGUUUGUGGCAGCGACGGGCAAACCUACGGCAACCAAUGGUUGCUUGAGUGUUCGGCUAAACGUGCUGACACGAAGCUGACCGUGGCCAAGAAGGGGAAAUGCUGAUGACGGCGGGAGGCUGGUGCCGUUUCGCUAAAGUUGACAGUUCGCUGAGUGAUGGAAUUGUAGGAGUUUGGAAGCCGAAUGGUCGACGAAAUUGGGUGGCUGGAGGCUUUGUUGAAUAAAUUUUUGAUCAGUGUUUCGGAGACAAGUAUUUUUAUGGAAAUAAUCCGCGAAUCGUAUAUCAAUUUCUAUUUUUACACACAAAAAUUUCUCCGUACAUCGACUGAACACGGCUAAUCCGGUUAUCUCCAAAGAUAUGGUUAAAAAUAGUUUCCAAACAACUGAAUUGAACAUUUUUUACGGCAUUUAGGUGAUCUCUAGGUUAAAGAUGGCACACGCGAUAGGAUAUUUUGAAUAAAUAUGGGUGGAACUACU